AUGGGUAAUAAGCAAACGAUAUUUACUGAUGAACAGCUAGAUGCCUACCAGGAUUGCACGUUCUUCACUCGGAAAGAAAUCCUUCGGUUGCAUGGCCGAUACCAUGAAAUGGCACCAAACGUUGUGCCCAUGGACUAUACAAGGGACCCAGAUGUUAAACUACCUAUGCAGCUUAUAAUAAACAUGCCUGAGCUAAAGGAGAAUCCCUUCAAGGAAAGGAUCGUGGAAUCUUUCUCAGAGGAUGGAGAGGGGAGCCUCAGCUUCAAUGAUUUUGUGGAUAUGUUCUCUGUGCUCAGUGAAAUGGCUCCCAGAGAGCUUAAAGCAAUCUAUGCCUUUAAGAUCUAUGAUUUUAACACAGAUAACUUCAUUUGUAAAUCAGACUUGGAAAAAACCCUCAAUAAGCUGACCCGAGAAGAGCUAACAGCAGAAGAAAUCACUCUAGUUUGCGAGAAAGUGAUAGAAGAAGCUGACAUGGAUGGUGAUGGGAAGCUAGGAUUUGCAGAUUUUGAAAACAUGAUUUCCAAAGCACCAGACUUUCUCAGUACUUUCCACAUAAGAAUCUGAAGAUGUUUCUGUGAGCCAGUGUUAUCAGAAAUGACUUGCCAGUCCAGCCUUUCUGAAUCUCAGGCACUUUGGGGGCUUUUGUCCUCUAAUUAUGGCUUCUUAGAACUCAACAGAAAGUACUGAAAUAAUUCUCGUCCACAAAGAGACAGAAGCAUCAUGUGAUCUACAGGAUGUUUGGAACAGUCACAUUUUUAUCUUCACUGCUGGCCAAGCAUUCUGGCAAAGAUGGUUGGUUGUUGGGUUGUGUGUUUGGGUGGUUUUUUUCCUUUUUUUCUCUCUUUUUUUAAACAGGCAGAAUCAGAAUAUUAUUAAAGGUAUUUCCAUAUAGUUUUUAUAUUUAUUAAUAUUUAAUACUGCUCUUAAAAGUGCAAAAAAAAAAAAGAGAAAAUAAGAUUGACAGAGAGAUUAGGUUUGGUGACUU